AUGCCUGCUCACGAUCCUAGGCAUCAUCGCAGGCUGUGGGGAGACUUUAGCUUCAGCUUUUUGGCCUCGCUUGUCGGCCGAUCCAAGGAUGCUCACCGGGGCGACACCAUUUUCCCCAACAACAACAACACACUGGAUAUACUUCCGGGCCGUUACAAAGACAUUGAUCAACUCACCCUGGCGCCUAUCUUCGACUCACCCAGCAUGAAUAGUUUUCAGGUCUACGAGCCCGGCGGCGGUUCGGGCACCUCGUCUCUGACGAAGCGGCAGGCAAUUCUCGCUAUACCCACAACAUACCUCGGCCUCAACGCUGGCCCAAAACCCGGGACCGUCGCUGCCAUCGUGCUGGGCUCAAUCGGCGGGUUCCUGCUUAUCAUAUACGUUGUUUGGGCGGCUCUCAAUUACGGGAAUGUGUUUGGUCUUCGGCGCGGAGUCGUGGAGGAAGAAGUCAUUCGUCGGCGCGGGCCACGCAGCAGCAGCAGGCGAGAGGGGACUAUCGUCGAGGAGACCAUAGAGGUGGAUCGGAGAAGUUCUGUCCGGCGACGAGGAGCAUCAUCUGUGCGGGACCCGGAUGAGGAUGCCACCGUCGAGGAGUAA